UAUCUUUUCGUACAGUUUAGUUUUAGUCGUUCGUGAGCCGUUGCCCGACCACGAAUAUGUUUUUUUUUUAUAAUAAAGAAUGUUUUUUUUGUGUAUUAAAUAUCUCUCGUGUAAUUAAUAAUUAUUAUUAUUAAUUUUUGGCCAUCUUAUAUUAUUAUGUGCCCUACAGUUUCAGAAGUGGGAUACGUAUAAAUGAGUGAAUGUUAGACAAAUGCCAGUGUUAACACGGAAUGCGAGUAAACAUAGUGCAAUUGUUAAUGAAUGUAUCGGAAUAAACGAAAUGAAUAAAAAAAAUAAAUCGAACGAAUCGAAUGAACCGAAUGUAUCGAAAGUGAUUAAUUUAUUGGAAGAAAACGAUCAAACGGAAAAAAUGAACGAAAACAACGGAUCAACGCCAUCUUUGUCAGCUACACCAGACCCGCCCGUGAGUUCGAAUAGUUCGGUAGAUGCAAACACGUUGGUUGAGACACUCGUAAAACAAAACAGUAUGUUAAUGGAACUAUUGAAACUUCAACAAAACAGUAAUAAACCAUCGAAUGAAAUAACUAUUGCACCAGACCUGAACAAGUCAAUUCCAAUAUUCAAUGGUCUGGGUACGGGUUCGCAAGCUCUCGAUUGGAUACGAACUGUAAAUGGUGUUGCGAAUUUACACCGUUGGCCGGAUAAUUUCAAACUCCAAUCGGUGCGGGCCAAUUUAGAAGGUGCCGCUCGACACUGGUUUGCGUCCCGGGAAAUCGAACAUUGGGCAGAUUUUGAAAGACAGUUUCUUAAAACUUUUGUUGGUGUGGUCAUGAUGGGUGACCGUUGGAAGGAGAUGUCGCGGCGCGUACAGGGACGUAACGAGAACGUACGCGAGUACUACCACGAAAAGGUAUUUUUAUGUCGACAAAUUGGUAUGACAUUUUAUGAAAGUAAAAUUCAAAUACUAGAAGGGUUAUAUUCGAAAGAGUUGAGCAUGUAUUUACUUGGUCGCAAUCACGCGGACGAAGACGAUCUAUUAAGUGAUAUGGUAGAAUAUGAACGACUCGAUAUGUCCCGUUCGGUACGAAUACGGCAAGUAUCAAAUACUAAAGAAAACACGUUACAAAAAUCGGUAACGUCGUGUCCAACCAAUGUAAUGGCAGUUAAACAUAAGGACACGAAUGUAACCGUAGAAAGUAAGAGUGCAUCAAUGCCGCGUUCAUGUUUCAAUUGCGGCGCAAAAACUCAUUUGUCACCGCAGUGCCCAAAACCUAAACGCGAGAAGGGAGCGUGUUACGAAUGCGGAUCGAUGGCACACCAACGAGGAUCCUGUCCAGCACUCAUGCGAGGGAAUGUUGACGGGAAAAAGGAAAAGUCGGCUGGUUUAAUGAGCAUCGAUGUCGUACGAGACCAAGACCCAUCCGAUGAGUAUUCAGCGCCGUACGAGGUACGAUGUCAAUUCAACGUUCCGGUGGAGGAGUCAGAGUCUUGCUGUAUUAUUGUCAAUGCCGUGGUCGACACAGGAAGUCCAAUCAGUUUAAUAAAGAGACAUUGAAUAUCAAUGCCAGAGCUUUGGUGAGAAUAAGUCAAGCAGUGGCCAAAAACAUGAUAGAUGCCGGUAUCAAAGGAUCUAUUGUAAAUAUUUC